AUGGCAAUAAGUAGAGAUAUAGCCACUUCCAUAUUUGGGUUAAUAGCUUCAAGUCUUUUAUUUGCAGUAGCAGGAACAUUUAAUGAAUUAACAGGAGUGGUUGGAUGCUUUAUAUUUUUAGGAGGUGCUUUUACAAUUUAUACUAUAAUUACCUUUUUGAUUCCCAGCAUGAAGAAUUCGAGAGAUCUUGUUUUUUCCUAUGGAGUAAGUACAGCGUGCAUGUUUGUUGCUUGCAUAAUGACUUUUAUUAUAUUGACAUAUUUUUACACAAAAAUACAUUGUCAUUAUGGAAGUAAGUACUGUGCUCGACUUGUUUUCGGUUCAAUUUUUGGAUUUCUUUCAUCAGGAUUUUUUUUGGUUUCGUCGAUGUUGUCACUUAAAAUAGCUCAUGUUUGGUAG